CGUCGGUGCUUCUCUCGAGCAUCCAUUUCAUGGCUGGGCGGCUUAAAUCUUAGGGUUUAUGGGCAAGAACAGGUUCUACGCUGUGCGCCAAGGCCGCCAGCCGGGAAUCUACACAUCGUGGAUGGAAUGCCGGAAACAGGUGGGGAUUUUGGAGAGAAAUCGUUUCGCGAUGCUCAUGAGCGAUGCUUUCCAGGUCGAUGGAUUCGCCAUGGCCGAGUACAAGAGCUUCUCUUUGAAAAGCGAGGCCAAGCUUUAUCUUUCAUCUCUCCAGCCCCAGCAAAACUCUAAGAACAAGCUUGUUCAUCUUCUCCAGUAUGAUGGUGCUUCUAAAGGCAAUCCUGGAAAAGCUGGUGCUGGAGCAUUGCUACGUGAUCCGGACGGCUCAGUGCUCCAGGAGCUGAGAAUUGGCCUUGGCACCGCGACGAACAACUUUGCGGAGUAUCAGGGACUCAUUUUGGGAUUGAAAGGAGCGUUGGCGCAAAACGUUACUCGUAUUCGUGUCCAAGGGGACUCCAAUCUCGUUUGCAAGCAGGUAGCUGGCAUAUGGAAAGUAAACAAGGACACUCUCAAGCCAUUACACGCAGAAGCGCAAUCGCUGUCGAAGAAGUUUACUGAGUUCACUAUAGAGCACGUCGUACGGGAACUCAAUAGUGCUGCAGACGAUCUUGCGAAUAAGGCCAUCGAUCUUAAACCGCAAGAGGUUGUGAAAGAUGUAAAAUGUAUAAAGCUACAGAUCUCCGAGCCAUCUCAUCAGAUCACCACUAAGAAAAACAAGAAAGAAGUUACUGAAGAGUCUGUCUAUGUGCUUGCGUACGAUGGAGCUUCUAAAGGAAAUCCUGGGAAAGCUGGUGCUGGAGCGCUGCUGCGCAAUCCGAAGGGCUCAGUCAUUGAAAAACUGUACAUGGGACUAGGCACAGCGACAAACAAUGUUGCAGAGUAUGAGGCUCUCAUACUCGGACUACAGGCAGCACUCGACCGGAACGUGACUAGCAUUCAAGUAUUUGGGGAUUCCAACCUCGUUUGCAAGCAGGUAGCAGGAGAAUGGGCUGUGAGACAUGAAGGCUUGAGAGCAUUGCACGCGCAAGUACAGGCUCUUUCGAUGCAGUUCACCACGUUCAGUAUUCAUCACGUUGACAGGGAAAUGAACACUGAAGCGGACGCACUUGCAAACAAAGGAAUCACUUUGCCAUGCAGGACAAUCGUAACGAGACCAACAAGAAAAUCACCUCCUCACCAGCAACAUCAAGUGGCAGAGUCUUCAACUGAAAUGAGCGCAUUAACUCCUGACACUACAAGUACCGUAGAGGUUGGCAGUGCUGUUGCAAGGAAACUAUCCACAAGAAGGAAGACAACGCAAGGGGAGAAUGCGGAGCCUGUUGGACCUGACGCCUCAGAUAAAGCUGGUGCAAAUGCGAAGAGCCAAUCGAAAAGAAACUCUGCAAAAAACAUCAACAACAAAACCAACGCACAAAACUCCGAGACAAUUCAGAGGAAAGUAAUGGUUGCAACGAGGACGGAAGCUUUAACACAGCAAACAUGCGUUACGAAAAACGUAAUGGACGCUGCUGUUGGGAGGUACGUCACAGUGGACGCAGCGCGCGGUAAUCAAGUCCCAAGCAAACCAUCGACUACUAAGGUUUCUUACAAGUCAUACCACAGCUACUCGACAAUUUUCUCCAGAUUUCCUACGAGGCCCGCGGCCUGCAUUUCUGUUUUCAGGAGCCUCUCUACAAUUGCAGCUGUCGCACUAGUGAGGCGCUUUUGACCUCAUCCGUUUGAAGACGGCAGCUCUCGGUUUUGUAUGCAUGGCUUGCAGCUCCAGCUUUGUCGUAAGUCGGCUUUGUUUUCGUCACUGUUGGUCUAAUCCAAUCAUGCAGGCCAGUCGUAAGCGUCCAAUUGUUUCCUGUGACCAAGACGAGACCCGAGACCAGCCGCGACAAAAAACAUCCGGCAUGCCGCACCACAGGUACGGUUUUGAGGAAAAAGGAAGAAAAAGGGUAACGAGGUCGUGUCGUUGUGGACCCUCUUCAGAUCCAUGAAAUGGACUUGCGAGCUGGACCCUGUUGUGCGUUUCUUUCAAGCAGUUAUUUCGUUGAGUUUUACAGUGCAAGACUUACAGGGACCAGAUGGUGAAACAUCUAAUCACUUGUCUACCUUGAAACCGAAACAUUACGAUUGCUCGGCCACUAAACCAUGCCGCUCGAUGGAUGAGAUCACGUUAUGACAUACGAGACAAUGAGCGAAACUUGGAAGACAAACGAAAACUUAUAUAGUAUUAUCAAAAGACAUUAUCAAAAGACAAGGACGCGAAAAAACGCGAAAUGCCCGAGCAAGGCAUCCGAAAGAGGAAGAGCACGGCAAAGAGGACCACCAAAACCAAAAAGAAAAAGAAAAAG